AUGGCCGGCGAUCCAGAUUAUGAUGCAUCUGCGUCGUGGCCGCACCACAAUUCCACCAAGGACUACCCCUAUAGUCCUUCACUCGCCUCAACAGCAUCUUCGUCCUCCUCAUCGGUCUUUUCUCUGGAUGCGCCCUCAUCCCAGAGCUCCGUCUCGUCCUCGGCUGGUUGGCCGAGCUCGGCAUGGAACAGUGAGAAUGAAAACGAGAAUCAGUACUUCACCAGUCGUCACAUCUCACAACGAAGUACGACAAGCUCAUCAGAUGAAGAAAUCAUCACAUCAUACCUGCCUUGCUCUCGAACACGAGCUCAAUUACCUGCUGAAACCGUCGCUCUCGAGUCUCGGCAGCACCCGAGGCGAACACAACGUCUGAACUCAUACGAAUGUCAAGAUGGAAAGAGUGUAUCAUCAUGCCCUCGACCACCGCCAUCUUUGGUGCGACAAAGUGAACGAAAAGAGAACUUCGUCGACAGUCUUGUUGACACCACAACUCAGAUGAUUGAGACCAUCUGGCCCCUAUCUGUCUUAUCCUGCGGCCGAGAUACCAUCCUUGGCGGCAAACAGCAGAAUUUGAUCGGCCUUCGGGUCUUCGUUCAAGAAGUAUUGAGGCGAUCGAAGACCAGCUACUCUACAUUGCAGGUGGCUCUUUAUUACUUGAUACUGAUACAAUCUUGCAUACCCAAGCACGAUUUUACCAUGGAACAAUCGGAGGAUUCUCCGUCAUGCCGAGCUAUGCAAUGUGGACGACGGAUGUUCUUGGCGGCUCUUAUCUUGGCUUCAAAAUACCUCCAGGAUAGGAAUUUCUCGGCUCGGGCUUGGAGCAAAAUUUCUGGACUGCAAACAUGCGAAAUCAACUCAAACGAAAUGGCGUUCCUCUCCGCAGUCAACUGGAAGCUUCACAUACCUCAGCCUGUCUUCGAGAAAUGGACGGAUAUCGUACUGAAGUACUCGCCGUCUGCUCAGGUGAACGCGCCGCCUCGGUCGUCCCCGACUUCACCGCAUAAUUGGAAAUCUAUCAUUCCUCAUCUGACGCCGCAGCUCGACACUCUCGAGUUCGGAUUCGCGGAGGUUUCGUAUGAUUCUGGCUACAACUCCCCAGGAACUGACAUGUGUCCACCACCCAUACCAAUUCGUGAAGAAUUAUCAGCAUGCUCGGGGUCAAAUGAACCGACACCUACGAAUCCAUACACCAUUCCGAGAGUACUUGAGCCAACGCCUCGGGAUAGUAAGUAUGGUGAGCAGAAAUUGCCGCCAUUGCCACACUUAAGACCAUUGCCCACCCCACAGAUGACCCCUCAGACCGGCACCUUUUGUACUCCUGCAGUGAGUGCUUCGGGACUAUCCUCUCGUCGAUCAUCAAUGAGCUAUGCAAUGGCCCAAAUCCAAAACGCUUGUCUGGCAAGGUCUCUUCUGGACAAUCCCCACCAGUGGAAGCCAAAUGCGCCUGCUCCAUUCCCAACGUCCGCACGCCGAUCAUCGUUGGCGACGUCCGCUUCCACGUUCUCGUCUCCGGAGUCUAUGAUCUCCGAUGUCUCUACCCGGUCUUCCAGAUCGUCGUCGAUUUCUUCAGUAGCUUCAUCGAACUGCGCGCUCCCACCGCCGAGAUUGGCGGUACAAGCGACGCGUCGAUGCGCGAAUAUGCAAUUGUGUUGCCUGAAGGAAGAAAAUCAGAGACCAGUCCUCACUGAGGACGACGGGCUGUCAUGGGAGGCCUUCUCCGCAGCGUCCGAAUAUCACCCCAAAUACAUCCCCGCUUCAACCCAACACAGUGCCUCAACCCGCGAAGCUGCUGCAGCCCUACGCGACCUCGCGCUUAAUCGUCAUCACACCCCCCCGCAAUCCCUAUCGACCCCACGUCCCGCCAAAUGCCUCAAACGUGAUCGCCCUCAUUCCGUGGAUCUGUCGGUACAAUCCGCGGUCCGCGACAUUAUUGCUCCGCGCUGUCUGGGCGACAUCACAAAUAUGAAGAAGGCAAGGAAAAACGAGGAAGAUGGCACCGUUUUGCCUGACGGCAAGGUUGCUGACUCGUUUUUGCUUUCCAGCCGUGUUGACAAGAGAAAGCCGGCGCUUUCAACAGAUGGCUUACCGCGCAAGAGAACCUGUGCUGGUAGUGAUAGGGGCGGCAGGGAGGAGGCGAGGCUGAUGCAGAAGGUCGUGGCAAGGGGGCCAAGGAUAUGGGAACAGAUUCUUUGA